CAGGCAACAACAAGUGACACAACCACUCGCACAUCCACUGCCACACUGACAAUCUUCCUUGAUGACAGUAACGACAACAGUCCUGUCAUCUACGGCACCUACAACAAGUCUGUACCAGAAAACAUUCACAUCAACGAGCUGAUUUUCACCAUCACGGCCACAGAUGCAGAUGAGCCUGACAACACCAGCCUUAUCUUUAGCAUUGUGGGUGGCAAUACAGAAAAUGCUUUUUACAUUGAUUCAAAUGGUCACCUGCAGGUAAUUUAACUGCGAGAAAUUUUUUAAUAAUGAUACAUAUAUUAAGAGUAAUAAAAAUACAUAUUUGCGGUGUAGAAAUUAUGAAAUUCACAAAAUUUUAUGAAGUUUCUAAAGUCUUAAGAAAUAGUGAUACAUUUAUAUUUUGUUUAGCUUUCAUUAGAUAUCUAGGACCUGAGAUAUUUCAAAAACAGAUUUAUUUUAUUGCAGUUAUUGUCCUUUAUUUUUAGUUUAUUUUCCCAAACCUAUGACAGGUAAGAAAAGCUCUUGACCGAGAGUCUGUGGCACAUUACAACUUAAAAAUACGAGUUACCGAUCAUGGAAUUCCUGCUAGAAGCUCUGAAACAAAGGCUGUCAUCUAUGUCGCUGAUGUCAAUGAUAACACACCAGUGUUUCAGAUGACAUAUUACGCAUUCCAUGUCCCUGAGAAUUCAUUUGUUGGGACAGAAGUUGGUGCAGUCAUUGCUAGUGAUACUGAUGAAGGGCCCAAUGCUGAACUUACAUACACUUUUGAUUCUUUCUCUUCGGGUCAGAUGUCCCACUUUAUCAUUGACCCAGACUCUGGAGCCAUUACUGUGGCUUCCAGUGAUCUUGACAGAGAGAAAUUAUCUUCAUACAAGGCAAAGAUUAAGGUAGAUUUUCAACUCUCAAGUCAAUGUUAAAAGUGUUCACAUUGAUUUAUGAAGCACAUAAAAAAGAAGAAUGCAGUUUUAUAAUAAAGAAAACAUUGUUGGGUUAUUUUCAUAUUGUUAAUUUUCUAGAUUGUGCUAAAAUGCUAGUUAUAUAUGGGUGUCAUUUUUAAUUUUCUAGUUGGUUUGAUUUCAGGGAAAUUUUUUGUGACCCACAACAUGGUCAGACAGAUUUUAACUUUUGUCAAUGAAGAUAUUUUAGAUUACUCCAUCCUGCCAGAAAGAUUAGCAGUUAAAUUUAUGCUGCUUUUUGACACACACUUUUAUUUUUAGAAAAACUUUACCUUGCAGCAUUGUAUUUUAUCUAAUGUGAUGACUUAAAGGGCAGUAAAAACAAUAAAUCAUAUAUAUUUUUAAAAAAUCUUUUGCCAAAGUACAAGGAAUUUUUUUUCCUGAAAGUGUUAUGUACUAACAAUAUGUCCUCCAUGAUUUCACCUACAAUAACAUGUGACUACUUCAGUUUUUUUUUUUUUUUAAAUCAUCAGUUUCCUGAAUAUUUCAGGUAUCUGACGCCGGUCAGCCCUUUUAUAAGUCAUCCUUAGUAGAAGCGGUCAUUAAUAUUGAUGAUGUUAAUGACAACUACCCUGUCUUUACGAGAGCUAACUAUACAAUAGCAAUGGAGGAGAAGACAGAAAUAGAUACAACCCUUCUUGUUGUUGUGGCCUCAGACAUGGAUAGUGAUAAGAAUGCAGAUGUUAGCUAUAUCAUGGAUCCAGGAAUGAUGGAUGGCUCUGUGGCUAAAAUAUAUUUUCAAGUGAGCCAGGGCAUGUGUUUAGAUUUUCUUAAUUUAAGUAUUCUUUCUGCUCUGAUGAAAUAUGGAAGCGUGGAGAUUGAAUGAACGUGGAGAUUAUUGAUUUUCAGAUUUGACCUUUAAAAAUGUUGUCAAUCCUUUGAGUAUAUUUUUAAAAACUGUUUGAAAAAGUAAAGAUGCUUCUUCUAAUAUUUUGUAAAGUGCUCUUAUAAAGUUACUUACAUAUUUAUCACUGUCUAGGUGAACACCAGCUCUGGAGUUGUUAGCACCAAAAAUAUUGUCACCUACGAAAACUACCAAAGCUUCAUUUUUUUUAUUUAUGCAGUAGACCAUGGACUGCCUCCACUGACAGGAACUACAACUCUGACCAUAAAAAUUCUAGACAUAAAUGAUAACUAUCCAGUUUUCAGGUGGUUAUGUCCCUUUAACAUACCUCUUUAUCUGUUAAUAUAAUAACAUUAACUGUUGACAAAUGUAAAUAUCUUGGUAAAUUUUUUUAAAACACUGAAAAAUUUAGAUUUUCCUUUAAAUUAACUUUAAACUUACCGUAUUUUCCGGCGUAUAAGACGACUGGGCGCAUAAGACGACCCCCUACUUUUCCUGUUAAAAUCUAGGGUAUGGGCUGAAUACCAGCUCAUAAGACGACCCCCGGCGCAUAAGACGACCCCCGACUUUUGAAAAGAUUUUAAUGGGUUAAAAAGUCAUCUUAUACGACGGAAAAUACAGUAAUAUCUCCAUGAAACUUUUAUUUAGUCUUAACUGAAAACCCAUAAAAAAAUUAAAAUAUUUUGAAAAGCUAUUUUUAGGUUCUAAUGUGUUUGAGUUAGUUUAUGCUGCUACAUUUCUUAUCUAAAAGUUAUUGCAUAAAAAUUAUUUUACAAAUUGACUGGUAUUAUAUAUGUUUUUUUUUAAAUUUCUUAAAAUGUAGCCCGACAUUUUAUAACUCAGAAAUGGCAUACAACAGCCAGUGUGAAAAGAUCAUCACUCAGGUUACAGCCACAGAUGAAGACUUUGGCCAAAACGCCGCCGUUUCUUACUUUUUACAGGAUGAAACUUCCCAGUUUUUGUUCCAAGUAGAUUUACUGACUGGUGAGUGUUACAUUGGGUGAACAAAUGUAAAGCCUGGUACCUAAAGGGUAGCCCUGUCCCAUUUGGGCAACAUCUUGCUGCAGAAGAUCACUUCUAGUUUUUAAACAUCUAGGUAUUAGGUUAAUGCAAAGUUAACUGCUAUUUUGUUUGAUCCAACCAGGAGAAUUAGGUCCAGUAAAUAUCGCCCCCCAGCAUGCCAGGUUUGUACUUGGUGUCCUGGCCAGAGAUGCCGGGACACCCAUUAGGUCAUCCAAAGUGCCAGCAACUGUCAGAGUGGACACUUUCAACCCUGAUUUAUAUGUUAUCACUUUCAGGCUGGCCAUUAGCAGGUAAAAUGAGCUCUGUAAAAUUGUAUGAAAAGCAAUUUAAGUUAGCUAGAGUAAUAUAAUAUAAUCUUAUUUCUGGUUUUUAAUUAGAUUCAAUGAGUCAAAAGAAAUGAAAACUUAAUUUUUUUUAAACUUUGAUGUGACAUUUUCACUGUAACUGGAACCAUCAGUCUGUUGAUUUAAAGAAUGGGUUGAUAUUAAUUUUAUAAUUAAAAAAUGUGUCACAUUGACAAAUAUAUCAAGGUAUAUUAUAGCCUAAUAUAAUUAAUAUGUAUUUUUAAGCUCAUGACUAUUCAUACUUCAUUAACCUAAAAUAUUAUUUAUAUGAGAGCUGAACCUGUCUGUUAUCAACUUUUUUCUAGCACUUAUUAAAAAAACUAAUUUUUGUUUCAGAACUGCAUUUUUUGCCAGAGUAGAAACGUUUUUAAACAAGUUACAGCAUGUCGUUCAAACAAAAUUCCCAUCUGCCAUCGUGAGGUUGUGGUGUGUGGUGGAGUAUGACGGAGUGGCACAAACCACCAGCGGCUCAAGGAGGAGGCUGCUGGCUGAUCAGUGAGUCUCACAUUGUCUGUAUUAAUGUAAACAUGCGAACUGGUAGUUUUGUACAUCUGCAUAUCAACGAUACCAAUCCUCAAACACAAAGCUACAAAAAGAAGAAAUUUAUCCUUGGAAAAUAAUUAAUAAAAUGUUUAGUUAAAAGUUAGAAUUAAUUGUUUGUAGAUUGGCUCUCUGAAGAAUGUCAUGCAACUUUAGCGUCUUAUACAAGGCACUGAUGUUUCAAUAUAAGAACUGCUAUGUGUGGACAUAAAAUUGAUUGCGUAAUGUGCCUCACUGUGGCAGGGGCAUUUUUUCUAUUAUUAUUAUAUAGAAAUUCUUUGUUUACAUUCCAAGGAAAAUUAUAUUUCUGAGAUGGUUGUAGUAAUGAAAGUUUUCCUUGUCUCUCUCCUAGGUCAGUUGAUGUCCACUUGUAUGCUCUCCGAGAUAACACAACAGAUUCAGCAGGAAACAUCAACAAAGAGAAAGAUUUUCUCAAACAAGAUGAAUUUCUAAGUGUAGUCAGUGCCAAUCCUCAAGGGGACCCUGGCUCAAAUAUUCAAGGUAAAUAUAGUCUACAUUUUUAUUGUUUAAUUUUAAACUGUCCACUUAAAUUUUAUUGAUGUGAUUUAUAUAAUACAUGAGAACCAUUUUUGCUUACUUGUAUUGUACGAGUGACUUGUAACCAUAGUUAAAAGGUAAUUUAAAAGGUGUAAAGGUAAUUUAAUAAUCCUUAUUUAGUUUAUUAGUUAAUUUAGUUUGAACAAUUAGGAUAAAUCUAAAAUCAAUUUUUUUUUUAAAUAUUAGGUUAUAAACUGAAAUAAAUGCAGCUAUUUAAAUCAUUAAUUUCUACACCUGUAACUGCAAGGUGAUGAGUGGGACUACUUUGGCAUUGUUAAUGUGACACCCUACCAUGAGGAGCCCAAAGGCUGGUUUGAUACAGACUACGGCAAGGCCAUCACAGCUGUAGCUAUUUUACUUGGGCUUGUCUUGUUGGCUUUUUGGAGCUAUUUUCUACUCAUAUGCUGCUCUGCAUGUGUCAGGUCAGUGGACAAGGUAGAAUGGUAGAUGGUGCAGUUCAUGAAUGUAUUGGACAAUUGCACUCUAUUUCAUAAGUAUUCUUACUGUUCUGUUGAUUAAUAAGACAAACAAUUUUUUUCUAAAUAAAUCAAUAUAUUUUAAGCUUUAUUUAUCCCAGUCCACCCCUCUUAUGAUUAGUAAAUUCCUUAUUUCUUGCUGACUGUGACAGAAUGCAAAAAAAUAAUUGCUAAAAAAUGAUAAUGUUUUAUGGUAAUCUGCUGUUAAAAAUGUAGACUUAAAAUUUUAAAAAUGUGUAAUCUUCAGGAGAUGGAAGAAAAGAAAAAGUUUAGCUAAAAAGGAAUCAGAGGAGAAAGAAUUUAAAGAGAGACCCAAAAAUGAGAAAUUUUCUUUGUGGCAUUCUGGUGAAUCCGUGGCUGCAGUCUCAAAUAGUGAUGACAGUGAGAUCCAUAAGAAAUCUGUUUUACCCUCAUAUGAUGGUGCCAAUGAAAUGAAUGAUACUAGCAAAGAAAGAAAUCCAUCAAAGCUUACUCACAGUCAAACAGGUAGGAGCAGAGACUAAAUGAAAGGGUAGAAAAUAAGAUUAUCAUGUGAUUGAUAUCAAGGAUUGUCUGGGUUUACCUUACGCUUCUUUUGUUGGGAAGAAACUUGGUAAGCAAAAUCACCAGUGUUAAAAAAUGUCUUUACACGACUAAAAAAAUAUUUGUAUGGACCAAAUUUUUCUUGUACUUGAUAUGAAUUUAUUAUGGUAUUUGGUAUUUCACUGUUAAUAAUUCAAUAAUUAAUUUUAUUAGAAACUCAAAUAAACCUGCUAAAUUUUUUCGCUAAAAAUGAAAAGUUUAUAGACCAACUUUCUCUUAGCUUGAAAUGAAGAGUUGAAAUUUAAAUUUGAGGAGUGGGGCAUUUCUUUAAAAACUUUUAAGACUUUAGUUGGAAUAAAUAUGAAAAUCCUAAAAUGCAGUCAAGUUAAUGUGCAUGGUUUUAUUUCAGACCACGACCCAGCUUUUUCCAAAAGUCAACACAGCAGCCUCCUGGCCUAUGACUUUAAAAAGGUUUGAAUUUCAAAUAAUUACAAUACCAGUACAUCGAAAGUAUUAUUUUAAGUUAAUGUAUUUCAAGUGAAGAAUAUUUAGAUUUACACAACAGUAAAAUGAUAUUGAGGAGUUUAAGAUGUCAGCUGUGUUUGAAAAUGUUAACUAUAUCCAUUUUUAAAUACAUGACCUAAGAUAAAAAUAUCUUUGCCUUUAUUGUCUAAUAUGAAUGAAUUGAAAAUGACUGAAGUCUUACUCAACUGGAAGUUCAUUGCAUAUAUAAAACGCAAUUGAAUAGGAUUUAACUGAAGCAACUGUUGGUAACAUUUUGUAAAACAAAGUCACAAGCUUCCCCUAAUGGGAACUCCAGUAAAAUUUGACUAGUGAGGGAUAAGCAAACAUUUGCUUUUAUUACUUAAGUGAAUAGAUAGAUCUCAUGUCAUUGUUUACUGUAUGAAAAGACAUUGAAAUAUUUUUUUUUUAAAAAACCUUUUAUGCCCCCACACAGCAUUUUCUUUUUUAAAAGUCCACUCCAACAUCUGCUAAUAACUUUAAGAAUUAGGUAAUCAGAAUGACUGACUUGAAUGUGUUACAAUUUUGUAACAGCCAGUAAUAAACUUAAAGAAAGUUAAGUCUGAAACAGAAUCAGAUCUAUCUUCCUGGAAGUGGACUAUUCCAAGAUUGAUGGUUGUCAGGAAAAACAGUUCUGAUUUAUCUAAUAGUGAAGACCAGUCCACAAGCUUUGAAGGAAAGGCCCAUGACAGAGGUGAGUUCACAUUUUUCACUUGUAAGAAAACUUUAGUGAACUCCAUAAUUUUUUUUAUCUUUUUAAAAAAAUUUUAAAAAAGCUAAAUUUCUCUCUAACGUUACCAAAAAAAAAACAACAACAUAAGACAAAUAGAAUGCUGCCAUUAUGGUUGAGUAUUUAUUUAAAUGAAGUCAAACUUUGUUAAACGCAUUUGAAAUUCCGUUUAUAUACAAAUCAUUUCAACCCAGUUUCAGGCAAAGUGUAUGAAUACAACACAAAGACAAAUCAACGUGAAUGGGUCAACUGACUUUCUAAAGAAAAGGAAAGUAAAGUUUAAAAAGUUAAACUUUUAAUUUGUGAAUAUUAAAAAAGAAUAAAACUUUCAAUUAAAACUUAUUUUUAAAAUGUCCAAUUAUUUUUUAAUAUGUAAUCAUUACAUAUUUGUAGUUUUAU